CCAAUUAAGGAAGAAACAAAAACGCUAAAACAAGAGCUCAUCAAACAUCUAACGUUUACUUAAUUGCUGGCGCUAAUUACAAGUAAUGGGAGCCAUGUUAAAGUAUCCUUCAUUGCAAAAUAUGAUUUAAGAGUGUAAUUAGAGUCAAAAGACAGACGAUCAUCUGAUAAUCUUUCGAUUAGCCAAAACUUGCAAUGGCGCUCUUCAUCUUGAUCAUCCUGGCAUUGCUGUCCAUUUUUGUUUUUUCUGCUUUUUUCGUGCUGCAAUCUUGGACCUCGUCACCGAAAAGCAUGGAGGAUAUCCCGGGCAGCUUGGGUUGGCCUAUUGUGGGAGAGAGCUUCUCAUUUAUUUCGGAGUUUUCAAGUCCAUCUGGUAUAUACAGCUUCAUGAACAAGAGGCAGCAGAGGUAUGGAAAAGUUUUCAAGAGUUUUGUGUUGGGGAGAUUUACAGUGUUCAUGACUGGGAGGGAAGCCAGUAAGAUUUUGUUAGCAGGAAGAGAUGGGAUGGUUAGCUUAAACCUAUUCUACACCGGGCAGCAGGUGCUAGGGCCUACCAGCUUGCUCCAAACAACCGGCGAAGAACACAAGCGCCUUAGGCGGUUGAUUGCAGAGCCCCUAUCGGUUGAUGGCCUCAAAAAAUAUUUCCAGUUCAUCAAUACUCUGGCAAUUGAAACACUAGAACAGUGGCCUGGACGAACUGUACUGGUUCUUGAAGAGGCUUCUACAUUCACUCUCAAAGUGAUUGGCAACAUGAUCAUGAGUCUGGAGCCUGCUGGUGAGGAGCAGGAGCAAUUUCGGUCAAAUUUUAAACUCAUCUCUUCCUCCUUUGCAUCCUUGCCAUUUAAGAUCCCUGGGACAGCGUUCCAUAGCGGCAUUCAGGCACGGGAUAGGAUGUAUGCGAUGUUAGACUCGACCAUUUCUAAAAGAAGAAGUGGAAGAGGUGGCUUUCAGCAAGAUUUUUUAGAAUCGCUGAUUAUGAAACAUAGCAAAGGAGAAGGGGAUGAAGAUAAUAAAGAUAAACUCACUGAUCAACAACUGAAGGACAACAUAUUAACUCUGCUGGUUGCAGGCCAUGAUACUACAACUGCUGGGCUCACAUGGCUUAUUAAAUUCCUCGGAGAAAAUCCUACUGUUCUGGAACAACUAAGGGAUGAGCACAAAAAAAUCGAAGCAAACCGAGACAGUGGAGCAAAUCUAACAUGGGAUGAAGUUAACAACAUGCCUUACACUGCGAAAGUAAUCAGCGAAACUCUUCGGAGAGCUACUAUUUUGCCUUGGUAUUCAAGAAAAGCUGCCCAGAAUUUCGAGAUUGAUGGAUACAAAAUAGAGAAAGGCUGGUCUGUCAAUUUGGACGUCGUCUCCAUUCACCAUGACCCAGAAGUCUUCCCCAAUCCUCAAAAGUUUGAUCCCUCGCGGUUUGAUCAACCCCUGAAGCCUUUUAGCUUUCUUGGAUUCGGUAGUGGACAGCGUAUGUGCCCCGGACUCAACCUGGCAAAGCUUGAAAUCUCAGUGUUCAUUCAUCAUCUGGUGUGCAGAUACAAGUGGAGUCCUCUGGAGAAGGAUGAUUCAGUCCAGCCAACACUUGUAAGGAUGCCAAAAAACAAGUAUCCAAUUGUAGCUGAGCGACUUUAAAACGUGGAUCCCAAGGCACCGAUUACAAUAGUAAUCGUUAUAUUAGUCCUAGCUAGCUGUGUUAUGCAAUAAUGCCUCAAAUUUUCAAUAUCCAGAAGCUGUUCUGGUUGAUUAGUUCAUCCAUUUCAAAUAUUUUCCUUUUGGCUUUUAAAUGGUGCACGGCAUGAGCCGGGUAAUGUUGUAUCACGUUAGAAUGUGAGCAUACAAUCCGAAAUAAAUUUGUAAUGGGUAGAGAGGCCCAAGACCUUUCAAAGACUGAUGCAAGGUUUCAUUUUCACUUGUUA